UUUGUAGCUGUGAAAUACGUUCAGAGAUUCAAAGGCCGCAAAGCUCCAGAUACAUCAUCAUUUGUCUUCUCACUGAAGCACAGAAAUUCCUCAGAUUUCAAGUUUAAACUGUGAACUUCAGUCUGCAGAUCACCAUCCAAGAGAGAAUUGUGCUCCAGUGUGGGGCAGAAAUGCAUUUAAGGACAAAGCAUCCCAUCUGGGGGGUAGUGUCCUUCUUUCUACUCCCCAUCGUUGUUCCAGAAAUUCUGCAAGAGAAUCCCACAGCCCGGGAUGGCAUCUAUACUCAGAGCCCAGGUCAGCUGAUGGAAGUUUUACAUGUUCUCUCAAGUGAUAACUAUACCCACUCGCAGAACUACUCAAGGAGACUCAUCCAAACCUUACUGGAGAGAACUGGGUGCCCACAUCGGAUUCAUGGGAUGCAAGAGGAUUGCAAUCUGUGUUUGGAACCUGAAGCCCUGUUACUAAUAGCCGGAGGAGAUUUUGAAGAUCAUCUGAGUGAAGAAGUGUUUCAGAGAAUUUCCCUCCUCCUUCUGUAUUACAUAAUUCAUCAGGAAGAGAUCUGUGCCUCAAAACUCAAUCUAAGCAGUAAAGACUAUCAGUUUUACUUGCACAGUUUACUUAGCUUAAGGCAGGAUGAGGACUGUUACUCGUUUUCUCAGAAUGAGACAGAAGACAUCUUGGCUUCCGUAAGGCAGCACUUUAAUACGUCCAGAAGCCAGUGUGUGGAGACCAAAAUUCUACAACAGAAAUCUGGAAUAAUAAGCAAUAAUGGUGCUGACGAGAACACCCUUCCUCGGCUGGCUGCCACAAUCAUUUCUUUGUCCCUUCAAGGAGUCUGUCUGGGCCAAAGAAGCUUGCCCUCCCCAGAUUAUUUUAUGGAAUACAUUUUCAGUUCUCUGAAUAGUACCAACACUCUCCACCUACCAGAAAUAGACCAGCUUCUCAAUGUUCUUUGGACCAAAAGUCCUUGCAACAAAAGAGAACAAACAUUCCCGCAUAAAAGGAGAUGGAGAAACUUGACCAUUCAAGACUGGGCCUAUCUCAAUCUUUCAGCUUCUGCUGGACUGGAUGGAGACCCAAAUGACAAUACCACAGCCUGGGACCAGGCUUGCUUCUCUGCCAAGGAGCUUGUGGAGAUAUUUUUACCGAACAGCCAUUCUCCUAUUUCUAAGGAACACUUCCAGCAAAUCAGCCCAGCGAUCAUUCAACAGCUACUCAGUUGCUCUUGCCAGCUCACAAAAUACCAGCAAGCCAAGCUGCCACCAACAGCCCUAGAAAAAUAUGGCUACAGUACUGCAGCUGUUUUACUCAUCACGGUGGGUUCUAUGUUUGGAACAACUCUCAUCCUUUUCAGCAACUGUGAGGAAAACUACAAACUUGUUUUACAACUCUUUGUGGGUUUAGCUGUUGGAACCCUCUCUGGUGAUGCCCUGCUCCAUCUAAUUCCUCAGAUUCUUGGCUUGCAUAAGCAGGAAGCUCAAGAGUUGGGACAUUUCCAUGAAGGAAAAGAUUAUAUUUGGAAACUAUUGGGAUUAAUUGGAGGAAUCCAUGGAUUUUUUCUGAUAGAAAAAUGUUUCCUACUUUUCAUAUCACCAAACACCAAGGGCUUAUCCCUAGUUAAUGGGCAUGUGGGCCAUUCCCAUGAGCUUGCAGUGGACACUGACUUAAAUGACCAAUCAGGCAGAGACAAAUCCACUUCAACUAUCCAGUUGAAAAGUUCUGAAGAUUCAGACACAGCUGAAAUUCCAAUAGAUGGUCUGACUGCCUCAAACAGAAAGCGUAAAGACAUUAGUCUUCUAGCUAUUAUGAUACUGGUUGGUGACAGCCUUCACAAUUUUGCUGAUGGUCUUGUGAUCGGAGCCGCCUUCUCAUCUUCCACUGAGUCGGGGGUGACAACAACCAUUGCCAUCUUGUGCCAUGAAAUUCCACAUGAAAUGGGAGAUUUUGCUGUGCUGUUAAGCUCUGGACUUGCUAUCAAGAUCGCCAUCUUAAUGAAUUUUAUAAGUGCCCUCACUGCUUUCAUAGGACUUUACAUUGGCCUUUCAGUCUCAGCUGACCCGUGUAUUCAAAACUGGAUUUUAACAGUCACUGCUGGCAUGUUUCUUUAUUUAUCAUUAGUGGAAAUGCUUCCUGAAAUGACUCACGUUCAAACUCAGCGACCCUGGUUGAUGUUUCUCCUGCAGAACUUUGGAUUGAUACUCGGUUGGCUUUCCCUUUUAAUGCUGGCUAUAUAUGAGCAUAACAUUAAAAUAUAAAGUCUUUGCUGGGAUUCUCAAAGUUCCUUUAAAAUUAAUUUCUGUGACCUUGUUUCACCAUUUUCUAUGCACUAUAUAGUAAUUUGUAAAUUAAUUUUUUUGUGUCUUAGGUAAAACUAAGCCAUCAUUUCACUUUAUUAACUUAUUCAGAUUUUGCACUAUGGUAUUGUGUUCUUUUAAAUGUGAAGGUUAAGACUUAGUCUCAAUUAGAUGUUCUUUAGUUUCCCAAACUGUUCAAACUCAUAGUAUUUUAAAGAUAGGAACUACUGAAUUCAUUCUAAGAAAUUACCCUGAUACUCUGCCCCUCUAAUAAAGAAUGACUAUUGUAAUUGAA